AUGUCCGUCGUCGCACCUGCGCCGCUGCCCAGCGGCAGCCGGGACAUCGCGGCUGAGGCCAGCCCGGAACAGAGUCCCUCCAGCUUCACCGCGGUUAACGGCAGAGAUCGCUCGGCCUCGCUCAUGAACGGACAGCAGGCCGACAUGCGUCCGUCGCCCUCUCGCGACGACAGCAGCAGCAGCAGCAACAGUGCCGGCGCAGCCAACAGCAACGGCACCGUCGGUGGGCACAGCAGCGGGAACAACGGCGGCACUGCCAGCGCUGCCGCCAGCAACGGCGCCAACUUGCCUCUCUCGGAUAAGCCAGCAAGCGCGGACGGGUCUCGUGACUCGCCCGUCGACCACGAAGACGCUGCUUCCGCCCAGGACAACGGCAGCACCACCACUCCCACCACCACCACUGCCGCCGCCGCCGCCGCCGCCAGCAAUACAAACAGUUCUUCUGCUUCUUCUGCUGCUUCCGCUGCUGCUGCUGCCAAUAACAACAGUACUGGCACUGCCGCUUCGUCGAACAAGCGCAAGCGAUCCAGCAUAGACAGUCACAACGCCGACCUCGUGCGGAGCCCCGGUCCGUUGCCUGCUGACCAUCCUCACUCACAACCACCGCCCGCUGCAAAUGGCAAUUCAGAACACCCUCACCAUCACCACCAUCAGCAGCAACAACAGCAGCAGCAGCAGCAACAGCAGCAACAGCAACCAUAUACCAGCGUUGAACGCCCAGACGAGGCCCGGCCAGGCACCGGCAAUGUCGCCUGGGACUACGAGAUGAGUAGCUCGCAACGACACCCCAAGCCGCAGCAGCAUAUGGACGCUUCCGAUGCUCAGCUGGCCGAGGCUCUGCAGCGCGAGGUCCAGAGCGAGACUCCUUCUGAAAAUGCCUCCACCAUGGAGAUGCAGAGUGGCGGCGGUUCGUCGGCUCACAACAUGCAGAGCCAGUCUCCCAGUGCCUCUCAAGUUGCGCCGAAGCGGAAGAGAGUCUUCAGUAACCGCACCAAGACCGGCUGCAUGACUUGCCGGCGAAGAAAGAAAAAGUGCGACGAGCAGCAUCCCUCUUGCAACAAUUGUAUUCGCGGUGGGUUCCCCUGUGAAGGGUACUCGGUCCGCAGCACCUGGCAGAAGCCAUCCCAGACCAAAGGCCCCAUCCCGCUUCAGUCCAAGGACCGCUAUCCUGAACCGCCCAACAUGUACAUGCAGGAUAUGAGCCCUCAGCGUCAUGAUUCCAGAAUGGGCGGUCCCAUGCUCCCCGACGGAAGCAAGGCCAGACCGGUCUCGGUUGAAGAGAGCGAGCGAGCCCAGGCUUACAUGACCAGCCCCAACAGUUCUGUCGCUCGCGUGGCAUGGCAAAAGGGCUCGUGGCAGGCCGCCAACCACCAUAUGAUGCAGGAUUCCGCCCCGAAGAUGGAAUACAGAGAUGGGCCCGUCAUGCCCGACAUGUCGCGUCCGGAACCUCCAAAGGCGGACUACCACCACUCACACGCCAACGCCGCCGGUGGCAGCAACAACAACAAUAAUAACAACAGCCCCGCCAACAACGGCUCCGGCAACAACGCGCACCAAAAACCCGGUCUUCCAGUCUUCCAAUCCAACAUGGAGCCGCGUCCAAACCACGCUCCUCCAAGAGUCGACCCGGGUAAUUACCCCACCCAGGCCCGUCUUGCGCUCAGCAGCAUGGAAACCCAUGUACCCUUUGAGGGUCCUACUGAGAAAUCAGAAAAGGAAAAGAUGCUCAGCGGUGAACAGUACCGGCCAUUCGACCCUGAACUCGUCCGCGAUCGUGAACAGUGCAAGUCCGCGCUCUGGCGGUUCACCAAUGCGGGUAACCCGCUCUACGGCAUCAGCUCCGCAGAAAAGACACGUCUGCUCACUCAGAUCCUCCAGCCGCCUCCCAUUGAACCAUCUCCAGACGCCCCCCCACCGUCAACCAGUACUCCAACCGGCUCUCUCGGCCCUGGCGCCGUGCUCGAAUCCCCCUUUAACUGCCACUACGGUUACAACAUCAACAUUGGCGAGGACGUGCUCAUCUCCGAAAACUGUUUCUUCGCCGACGACUGCUCUAUCAACAUCGGCGCCCACACCUGGAUCGGCCCCAACGUCACCAUCCUCAGCUCAAUGGCUAUUGGCAGCAUGCAGGAACGCAAGGGCUCCCAGUCAAGGUACCAGGGGCGUCCCGUCGUCAUUGCUGAAGACUGCUGGAUUGGUGCCGGAUGCACUAUCCUUCCUGGCGUCACGCUCGGACGUGGCGCGUACAUUGCCCCUGGCGAGGUGGUCCGUUCGCAGAUUCUGCCCUACGGCUUCCAGGGGUUGAAGCCAAACUACCCUUAA